UCCUCCUCCUCCUCCUCCUCCCCUCUCCCCUCCCCAUGGCCGCCCGCAGCCUCCUUGGCCCCACAAGCUCCCCCCGACCUAAAGAGCCCCUCGUUUGCCGGCUUCAACGCGUGGCCGCCAUGCACCAGAUCGUCCCAGGCGCCCCGGCGCCCCGGGCGCGGCCCGGCGGCGCCGACGCGGCGGUGGCCCCGCUGCCUUCGCUCCUGCAGGGCGGCACAGGCGGUGCGGCGCGGCCUUGCUGGGGAGGGGCGAGCAAGGCAAGCCUGGGCGGGUGCGUCAACCCAGCCAGCACGUGGCGCAUGGGCGGCCCCACGGGCGCCAUCUUCUGGGGCCAGCAGAGGCAGCGGCCCGCCGCGGGCCAGGGGGCGCCCAUCCCCGCCGUGCCGCAGGCGCCCGAGGCGCCGGCCGUCUCCGCCAGGCUUGCGGACGAGACCCGGGCGGAGGAGGCCAGGCCGAAGAGCAGGGCUGCCCGCGCGCCCAGCAAGGGGCAGGGCGGCGGCGCGCCGCUGGUCCCAGCUGCCGCCCGCCAGGACCUGCCCUGGAGCUGCAGGCGCGGCUGGCGGAGCUGGCUGCGUACCGCGUCUCAUGGAACUCGGCGCUCUGGCUGAAGGCCCACAGGGAGGCGAGCCAGGCCGGCCAGGUGGAGGCCAUGGGUGCCUUGCUGCGGCUCGUGCGCCGCAGCUCCGAGCAGGCCGUGAGGAGGGGACACUACAUGGCCGAGGGAUGGGGCAGCGAGAAGCUUGGAGUGGAGCUCAGAUCCUGGAUGUCCACCUCAGCGGAGGUCUCCUGGAUAGGGCGCGAGAACGUGGGCGUGCACCAGGGUGCUCUCGACGGGGCGCACAGGCGCGGCCAGAUCGCGCCCCCGAUCCUGAUGUGCGACGACCUUCCGCUGGACGUUGCGAUGACUGUUGGCCGCAUGGUCGAGCCCGAGCGCCCCAUCUUCUUGGUGCUCGAGCUCGCCGAGUUCGACAGCGCUGGCGGGAUCGCCCUGGAGAGGCUCGCAGGUUCGAGCAUGCAGGGCCUGUCGCUGCGCAGCGACUUCGACCGCUUCGCACACGCAGCAGCGACGAAGAUGGCGGGCAGCGAGGCAUCCAUCCGGAGCCACAUGUGUGCCGAGAGCGACCCCUACGUGUUCCUGUGCCGCGACGUGACGGUGUUCCGGGGCCCCCGGGCGCAGGGCUUCCCAUUGCUGGAGGAGCCUAUGAACGUGCACGUGAUCGUCGUGGCAAUGUCCCGCCUCCGCCCGUCGGUGCAGAUGACGGAAGAGAUCCCGGGGCAUGGCCGCGCAGAGUGGUACAAGGACGAAGCCGACCAUACGGCCUUGCUCGAGCGCCUGAACCUCCUCGGGCUGGUUGCGCUCCAGGACGCCGACGACAGCGCAGACGCGCUCGCGCCCGUGCUCGUGCUAGGCUCUCCAGGCUGCGCGGGCCCAUGCCUGCACCCGCAGGGUGCCGUCGCCAGCUCGCUCAAGCACUGGCGGCGCCGCUUCAGCCCCUUCUUCCAUUCGGUCAUGCUGUGCACAGGAGGGCGCGGCGGCGUCGGGUCUGAGAUGCGGCUGGCCAUGCACCUGGACGACGUGGUCAACAGCCAGGUGCACAAGAUCGCGGAGAAUGAGCUGCUUGCGCAAUGCGCCAUGCCGUGGCACUGGGACACGGUCAUCAUCCGCUUGUCCGCAUGCUCCCAGACGCUGGAGAGGGUUGCCAACAAAGUCGCGAAAAGGGCCCGCUCGCAGCCAGAGCCGUCAGCUCCUGCGGUCAGGGCGGCCCCGGCAAGCCCGGACAAGCAGGCCAAGAGCGACUCGACGCCCCAAUUGAGCUUGGACCGCGACGGCAACCCUACUCGCCGGCGAUCCUUCCGCGGCUCCGUAGUGGACUCCCUCGCACACUCCAUGCGCCGCGAGAUCGCCUCUGAGAAGGGCCGAAGGAUCAGUGACCUCAUCGAGGUCACAGACCUGCCACCGGACUCUGGCGCCAGCGGCGAGGACGACUCCGAGGCCCCCGUCGUGCAGCUUUCGGUGGGGCCGCCUCCGCAGACGCUGGCGGACGGCAUGUUCGCCAAGCGCCCGUCGACCGUGGGCGUGCCUGGCGCACUGGCCGCGAUUUCGGCCGGCGCUGCCGCUGGGCCGCGGGUGUCGGUCAUAGCCAUGCCAGGCAGGGCCGCCGCGGGGUCGCAGGCGUCGGUGAGCAGGAAGAGCAGCUUCCUGCGGCCAGCGGACGUCAGCCUGAGCCUGCGGCGUGCCUCGCAGGCGAGCACUGGCUCGGCGGUGGGCCGGCAGCGGCGGGACGUGAGGAUGGCGCCCAUCGCGGAGCGCCGCGACACGGGGCUGGUGCUGACGUCGGUGCCGGCCACGCCCGAGGGCGGCAGCGAGGACAAGGGCGAGGACGAGGACGGCUCGGGGGCAGAGCCUAGCCAUGCCCAGAGCGACGGCGGUGAGGCGCAGGCAGCGGAGGCCCAGCCCUGUCGGCGCGCCUCCACGAGCGGCGGGCGCCGGGCGUCGCUGGGCGGCGGACUGGUGCCGCAGAGGCGGAGCUCCUUGGUCGACAGCGCGGCCUUCGCGGAGCUGCGGCAGGCCAAGGACGACAAGUCCCUGCUGCAGCACAUCCGGCGCAAGUCCGUCGAGUACAAGUCGGGCGGCGGCGAGCUGCCGCUGACGGGCCCCGCCCCAGAGCAGCAGCGGCGCCCCUCCGCCUCGGGCGCGGCGAGCGCGGAGAGCCAGCGGCGGAAGUCCUGGAGCGACCAGGGCGAGAGGACCGCCUCGGAGCUGAAGAUCCGCGAGGAGGCGCGCCAGCGGCUGAUGACGAGGCGCGCCUCCGAGGCGGACGACGCCGCGGAGCCCGCGCCGGCGCAGCCGCGGCGGAUGUCGGGGGGCCUCGUCAGCUUCUACGGCGCCGCCAGCGUGGCGCCGGGGGCGGGCGCUGGACCUCCCCCGCCCACGGGCAGCCCGAGAGAGGCGCCGCGCAGGUGCCGCCCGGCGCUCGGCAGGAAGCCGACGGCGGCGAUCGCCAAGGGUGCCAAGGACCGCGACGAGAAGGCGAAGCCGCCUGCGGCCAGGAAGAGCCUGGCAGCCGCAAAGGUGGCCGAGGAGCUGCAUGUGCUGGCGCUCAGGUUCGAGGAGCUGGCGCAGGGGAGCCUCUGAGCGGGGCGGGUGCGGCAGGGCUCCAGCGGCGGCCUUCGCAGUCGGAGGCGGCCCCGGCCGACCGUCGCACAGCCUCUUCCGAUGUUGCCAAUAAGCUGGAUAUACUUGUUACGCUCAUGCCGUUGCUUGUCCCCUCUGGGGAAGCAGCGGUGCCUUCCAGUUACGAUUGCCUCGCUCCCUUCCUCCAGGCCCCGGCAGUGCCGAAGACCGCACCGCCCGGGGCACUCUUGCGGAGAGCACGCCGAGGCCACGGGGCGGCCCUCCGCGGCCUGACCGGAGGGCCCGUUUCCUGCGCCCUCUGCCUCGAGGGAGCUCCUCGCUCGGCCCUUCCCCCCGGCCACCGGGGCAGGCAGGCGCCGGUUCCUCCACAAGUGGCCUUCCGCUGGGGCAGCCUGCGGUGCGCGUCUGCUCCGGCGGGCCGAAGCCCACGCACGCGGGCCGCCACGGCCGCACCGCACGCAGCGAUCGGCAGGCCGCGCAUCGCUCGGACGUGUGCAUGUUCUUCUCGGCGAGGCCCCUCGGGGAGCAUCCCGGAUCGUCUUG